AUGAAUAAUAAUUGGAUUGUGAAAGGAUUGAUAAUCUUUUCAGUAAGUAUUUCCAUGAUCACAAUCGUAUCGACAGGAUUAUGGUUGUUGAAUCAAACCAGCGAUAAGUGUUUAAGCAACACAACCACAAGCGGAGGCCAUGGAGAAUUCACUUCAUUUAUCUAUGUCGGUGCAGGAUUAUGCCUAAUAUUUUCAGUUUUGUACCUGUUUACAGUACUUCCUGUGCGCCAGAAUUGGAGACAUAAUGGUGAUCAGCGUAUGAUUCUUGCUAUUAGUUGCUGCGGGAUGCAGCUUCUUAUGCUCAUAUUGUUUGCUAGUCUUUACGCACUUACUCAAAGUAGUGUUGGUUUUGGUACACUUAAGACGUGGAUUAGUCGUCCAGAAAGAUGGAUGAAUAUUAAGCAUUGUCUUUAUGAGGAUACCAGAGUUUGUGCUGAUUUUCAGAACAAGUUUGCUGAUGAUACUCAAGAUAAGUUUUUUCAUAGAGAUUUCACACCCAUUCAGUCAGGAUGUUGCAAACCGCCAUUGGAGUGUAGCUUCAGUUACUCCAGCCCAACUAUUUGGAUGAAGCCAGAAAAUGGUACCUACUCAAACCAUGAUUGCUAUGAGUGGGACAAUAACCCUAAGAAGCUAUGUUACAAUUGUGAUGUCUGCAAGCUAGGUUAUGCUCAUGAACUGAAGAAUGCAUGGACUAUCAGUAGUUUUGUUGUGAUUGUAGCUUGGUUAAUCUUUGUUUUAGGUUUUAUAUUACCCAGAGUUUUUAUUAGGAAUCAGGAUGAAGUUGAACAAUUAAUUGAGAAUCAUCAAUUAUCUUAG